UCUGGAGAUCCAACGAAUAAGUGUCAUAAACUCUGAUAUAAUAAGGAUACUGAUUCAGUUCCCUUUGAGAAGUUGUGGGAAGCAAACCAACGGCCGUGUCGAGCGAAAUUCGGAAAAGUAGAUUGUCGACAGGACAAGCUCCGUGGACAUCGGGAAAAAUCCUUCCCCCAUAAAACAGCUUUAGACAUGAAGAAAUAUUUGUGCUGCAUAUUUAUCGUCGGCCUAGUGGAAGGCUCUAUGCCACAGACGACCACGAGUGAGGCGAUCCGUCCGCACGCGCAGUUCCUGACGCAGCCGACAGAGGGCGUGCUACGAGGUCGUCCUUCGGGCCAAGGCGACAGCACCCUGGCGGCAGAAGGUCGAAAUGGCGCCCGUGCUAUCCAGCCUAUUUACACGAAGGAUCCCAACGCCACCAUUACCUUCGCGCCCAACAACAUCUCAGAUUCGACCGUGGAGCGGCUCUGGGUCCUCGAUCUCGGCGGCGCCCGCGGGUACGGCAUCGAACUCAACGUGACGCGGCUGAAUUUGCUCGUGCCCGUCCGGAUCCACGACGCGGAGGAGAAGAAGGACGUGUCGAAUGGCGAUUUCCUCCUGGUGGGACCUGGAAGGAAAAUCCUGGGCAGCACGGAGGAAAAACUCCUGUGGGGCGUCGUGAACAAAACGAUUCCUCUCCACGUCUCAGCGCCCGUCGCCCACGUCUACUUCAGAUUCGAGCACUUGGCCGCCACCAACACCAGCUCUGAGGAUCCAGUUUUCGAGAUCCACUACAGGCGCACCGGAACGCCGAUCACGACCCCUGACCCCUCCGUCACGACCACCACCUUGCCUCCGCCGCCCGUCAACCUCACCGUCAGCAGCUGGGUGGCUCUGAACGGCAUCAGCCCGACUGUGGCACAGGAAGAGGAAUAUUUACUAAGUGUGAGACAAAUUACUGCUAACAUUGCCAAUCAAUAUGCAGCUUCAAACAACAUGAAACUGCAGGAUGAGAUCAGGGAAGAAGAUGUGAUACUGCAGUCAGUCAAGACCUGUCACCCACUCUACUGUUGGGCCAACUGUGCUGCCUACAACGUCUCAGUCAGGGCUUAUUACGUGUCAGAUGGUUCUUGGGCCUUCAUAGGUGACAUUCUUAGGCAGAUGUUUGCAGACAGGCAGUAUGAUCAUUACUGGGAGGAUGCAAAGUAUCCAGCUAGGGUGUGUGUAGAGGCACCCAUAGAAGGAAGAGGGGAGUGGGAUACUUGGUUAGUGGCUGCAAGCGUCACCGCACUGGCUCUUCUCAUUUUCAUAUUGGUUUGGAAGAUACAGCGCUAUAAUGCUAUGGCUGAGAUGCAAAAGGACUUUGAGAAACAACAACUCGAGAUGGAGAAGGAGCGUGCGAGGAGGAUGUCUGGAGACAUCUCUAUCUUGGGGCUAGGAACUUGGGGAAACUCGGUGGCUUCCAGGGAUUCGAGGAGACACUCCCUGCCUUUUCCAAGGAUGAGGAUGGACAGCAGGUUUUCCGAGGAAGAAGAGGAUGACGUAUCCGAAGAAGACUUCCAUGGAUACCAGGAAUUUAUACCAGACAGGAUAAUAAUGGAUGCUACUGUGCUUGGACUGGAAGCAGAACUGGAUAGAGACAACAGGGAUGGGAGCUACUUUAAUGCUGCCUUUGUAGACGAUGAGGGUAAAACUGGGCACAAAGCAGAUGACGAAGAUAUUUUGUAUGAACGCCGUCCCUCCCCAGUCACAAUGGACUCGGAUAGUGAUGACCCUGAUGCCAUUAACUUCAGGAGCUACUCCAAGAGCCAUUCUGCAGUACGGAAGGUCUCAACCACUGCUGAAAUCCACGACGACGAAACAUCCCUGUAGAAGUACUGCCAGACAAGAAGGAUUUGGACAGAUUUUAGCUUAAGGAACAAACAGUGGACUUUUUAACUCCCUUUCCCCCCUUUAAGUAUUUGUCCUUCCCUCCAUACCUUCCUUGCAUGUGUAAAUAAAAUUUCCUCCCAGAUUUUGAAGAAAAUUAUAAGUAUGUUAUUUGUCUUUUAAUGAGAGGCAUUAUAAUCAGACUU